UCAUCAUCGUCGAAUCAAAUAUCAAUUUUUUUGUGUUUGUUUUAAAAUCAUCACUUUACUUGAUCAUCUUACUAUGCUGAUUUGAUUUUUUUUUAAAUUUGCAAACAACAAACGAAAAAAAAAACAGACGACCGUCGGCUAACAAGGUCAUAUUGCCAUUUUUUUUAUUGUUGAAUGUUCUCCCUGUGUUAUCAUUUGCAAACGAUCAACAUUCAUUGAUAAAAGUGAUAGAGAGAGAGAGAAAGCUGAAUAAUAAAUUCUUUUCGUUCUUCGAAUACGAUUCAUUCAUUUAUUCAUUCACGUUACGUCAAUCAACGUUUUUUUUUUGGCUUGUGUUUGUGUCAUCUUCAAAUAUCUUCUGAAAAAAAAACAACAACCAUGCCGACUAUUGAAGAAGGAAUUAAAUUGGAUUUCAAAGAUGUUCUAUUACGACCAAAACGUUCAAUAUUGAAAAGUCGUGCCGAUGUUGAUCUAAAUCGUGAUUUUAAAUUUCGUAAUUCAGAACAUACAUAUCAUGGAAUUCCUGUCAUUGCUGCCAAUAUGGAUACGAUCGGAACAUUUGAAAUGGCUGUCGCAUUGAAUAAACAUAACUGCUUUACUUGUAUACACAAACAUUAUUCCACAGAGGAAUGGAUUGAAUUUAGUAAAAAUUAUCCGGAUACAUUGAAAAAUGUUGCUGUCAGUUCUGGUUCAAGUCAAAAUGAUUUUGAAAAAUUAAAAGAAAUAAUUGCUAUUGCACCGGAUAUUAAAUAUAUUUGUUUGGAUGUUGCAAAUGGUUAUAGUGAAUCAUUUGUUAAAUUUUUAAAAGAUGUUCGUGAAGAAUUUCCUAAACAUACAAUAAUGGCCGGAAAUGUUGUUACCGGUGAAAUGGUUGAAGAAUUAAUUCUUUCUGGUGCUGAUAUAAUUAAAGUUGGAAUCGGUCCGGGAUCUGUUUGUACUACACGUAAAAAAACCGGUGUCGGUUAUCCACAAUUAUCAGCUGUAUUAGAAUGUGCAGAUGCUGCACAUGGUUUAGGUGGUCAUAUUAUAUCGGAUGGUGGUUGUACUUGUCCGGGUGAUAUUUGUAAAGCAUUUGGUGCUGGUGCUGAUUUUGUUAUGUUAGGCGGUAUGCUUGCUGGACAUGAUCAAUGUAAUGGUGAUGUUGUUGUUAAAUCGGAUGGACAAAAAGUUAAACAAUUUUAUGGAAUGAGUUCCGGAACGGCUAUGAAUAAAUAUCAUGGUGGUGUUGCUGAAUAUCGUGCAUCCGAAGGAAAAACUGUCGAAGUACCAUAUAGAGGUGAUGUUGAGAAAACAAUAUUGGAUAUAUUAGGUGGUUUACGUUCAGCAUGUACAUAUACGGGUGCAUCAAGAUUACGUGAAUUACCAAUACGUACAACAUUUAUACGUGUUACACAGCAAACAAAUGAAAUAUUUCAUCGAUUAGAAAUUUGAAUAUUUUUAUUUUUUUUUUAAAUUAUAAAUUCUAAA